AUCUAAUCACUUAAAAGAAGCAAAGAAAGCAAGCUGAGAAACCAACUUUAUCAGAAAAAUGAAAAGAAAAGAAAAGGGUGAUAUCUUCCCACCUUUAGCAUUUGAUGAUACAAAGCUGACUCAUGCUGCUAAAAAGUAGAGAUUAAACAACUGCUCUUGAUCUGUUAUAUAUUGUGGCAAAGACAUGCUCGUACCAGAACAAGCUUCAGGCAAGGGACAAGUUUUCAGAGACGAACAUUCUAAAGCAUUUGGUUGGUUUGCAAGCAAUGGAAGUGAAGCAUAUGAGAACGAGAUAUGGGAAGACGAGUAUGCUUAAGGAACAUGCUAUUGGGGCUCCGAUCAGCUCAGCAAAGUACGCAUUCGUGUAUAAGAACAGUUUGAAGGAACUUUUACCUGAUCCUGCUGCACAGUACCAACUGCUGCCUUCUCCAGCCAAUCAUUAUUCCAAGAUAAGAACUGAUAGAGGAAAUUCAGUGAUUGCCAAGAUGAUCAAACUUGGCAAAGCCAUGGAUGUCAUUGCUCAGGGAAUCAGAGAACAUGUGAGACUAGGGCCAAAGUUAAGUGAAACAGUUAAAGGAAAACUGAGUUUAGGCGCGAGGAUCCUCCAGGUGGGUGGAGUCGAGAAAGUAUUCAAGCAGAAAUUCAACGUUACCGAUGAUGAGAAACUGUUGAAGGCUUCUCAAUGCUAUCUAUCAACAACAGCAGGACCAAUAGCAGGACUCCUCUUUGUUUCCACUGAAAGAGUCGCCUUCUGCAGUGAGAGAUCCAUCAGAAUCUCGUCUCCAAAUGGAAAGCUGCUAAAAGCACAUUACAAGGUAAGAUCAUCACUUCUAUAUUUCCAACUCAAUACGUUUACAUUUCAGCCAAAAAACAUGGUGCAAAUAAAACUAUAUGUGCAGGUCAUGAUCCCCCUAAGGAAACUAAAGAGAGCCCACGAAAGUGAGAAUGCGAAGAAACCAGCAGAGAAAUACGUGCAUCUAGUAACAGGGGACAAUUUCGAUUUCUGGUUCAUGGGAUUUCUCAACCAUCAAAGAACAUUAAAGUAUCUCCAACAAGUAAUCCACCAAGCAAGAUGAGACUCAAGACACAAGGAUUCAUAGCAUAUGAUCUUUUUGCUUUUAACCUAGUAUUGUUGUUUCUUCUUUCUACCCCUCCUCUUAGGAAGUGUAGAGAUGUUAAUCAGAGCUAUACUCUCUAUCCUGUACAAUUUUGUGAAAAUAUUUAAUCUAGUAGCAGUGAUCAAAUUCACUUCUUGUGAAGGAUUAAAACUCA